AUGGAUCCGAUAUGGCGCCUAGCAUCGCUCUUUGAUGGGGCACUUGCGGAGGUUGUCAUCAGGGCUAGUGACAAAGACAUUACAAAUGAGCGGCGUAUUUUUUGUCCUCCAAGGCAGUCUAUUCGGGCCUGCGAGAUGAAAAGACAAGGGGCUAAUGAAUUGCUCUUACUAUCGCAAAACCGCUGUGCUGACGCCUUUUGGCUGGGAAAUCUGAAAAAUCGCGAUCUUGCGGGUCAGGAGAUUCACGAUGGAGACGUGUCAGCAAGACAUUCUGGCAGAACUACCAUCUCCACUGCGUCGGUUUCAUCUCGUGGAAGUAACUCUAAUGCCAGGUCCUAUACCAUAGAAGGCGCUGAGGAGUUGAUGUCAGAGGACGAAUCGGAUGUGGAGGAGGCGGAUUUGUCCACUGACGAUACAGAGGAAGGAGAAGAGGAGGAUGAAAACUAA